CUCUGUAACUGAAGUUCGAUUUCUAACGUGUGAAAUGAAUGAUAAAUUUUCAUCAAGUUACAAUCAAAUUUUUGUAAAUUUCUCAGUUGCAUCAACUUUUUAACAUAGUCGCAAUGAAUGAGUAUAUAAAUGAUUUAGAGGUAAAUACAUCAGGACCACUUUUAAACGACUCUUCAUGCAAUCAAAACGAUUUCUAUUCUAAUUCGUGUAUGGUUGACUUGAGACGCAAAGGUAAGAAAACUAAAACAUUCCUAAUCAGUGCAAAGAAUUUUCAGGCUUACUCUAAUUAUACUUUUAUUUUCCUGCAAUACACCGAUCAUCAUUCCUCGAUUAUAAAUUGUACUGCUAUGCAACUUGUUAUUUUUCUAAUAUUCGUAUUGGGUAUAUUUUUUGCGAUUUUAAUAUAUUGCAAAAGCUGCAGCAGCAUUUACAGGACAUCCGCAAGGUAUUCGCAAAACAGUUCCGAUGAAAGUGACCGUAAUCAACGAGGGGAAUCAGAAAAUAUAAAUUCAUUACCAUAUUACACUUUACACGAAUCCAGAGACUGGCCACCAUCGUACAGUGAAGCUUGCAGUGCUCCACCUCUGUACACAGCACCUUUCAACAGGAUAUCUAUGCUUGAAGUACCACCAGUUUAUCCAGAAACACCUAAGUCAUCUGAUCGAAAGGCAUAUUUGCAGAAUCAAGCUUAUCCAGUAAUAAAUCAUAUAUAACAAAUCAUAUUAACAUCUACGCUUAUUCUGAAUGUAAGAUCUUGAAAUUAGGAAGAUGAAUUUAAAAAUAAAAAUUAAUAAUUUUCACUCUCGAGAUACUUAUUUUACUAUUGUAUAUCUAAAUAUGUAGAAAACGAAACACGCAGUCAGGGAUAAUGAAGAAAAAUCACGUAAAAUUCUCAUGAUUAUAUAAUGAAAAUGUCAUUUAUUUGAUGUGGUGCAAUGACUUAAAGUAAAUGGAAAAAUGAACGUUUGUAUGAGCUGGGUUCGAUGAACAGCAGUCGUGUACUUCGAAGAGCUACCACUGCUGAACUAUUCAGUUACAAAAAAGCUUUUCUUUCCUUUUCUUAUUUUUUUUUUUUUUUCUCAGGUUU